AAAACCCAUUCAAACCCAGCAACUUCUUUUGGAUCCCUCUGACCUCACCUCAGAUCAGAACCGGUAUUGACACAAGACAAUACCACUGACAGGGAACAAGAAAGUAGCACAAAAAACAAACCCAAACCUCUAACAAACGGUUUACAAAAAGCGGGCUCCUCCCUUCUCCUGAUUGUAGUGCUACCAUUACAAAUCAGAGUAUAGCCCCGUCGCACCUGCCAGGUCCACCAAACAAACCCAGCGGUAGUAGGGUCUUCUCCUUGAAAAGAUCUUGAAUCGACAUCUGGUUGCAUUAGCUUGUAACUAGAACAUAAGACAUUAGCUUUUUCAAAUCGAAAUCGCACUGCUACGCUUAAUAAAUUUCUAGGAAUUACAAACUUACCUGGCAAUUUUAACUGAGAUUCCUCAGAUUAAUUUGAAUCAAGUUAAUCAGUAGUUGCAUAUUCUUUCUGGGAUAGCAUCUCAGCGUGAUACAUCAAAUAACCACAGUUUAUUCUGCGCUUGUGUUGUGACUAAUCGUUUUUGCUAGCUGUGCCUAAUUUUAAGAAAAGCACACAGCUGAUUCCUCACCUUACUAUAGUCCUGGUCCUGUGUUCUGAAGUAUCUUCUACGCUUCAACAGUCUCAAUUAACAUUUCUUGUUAGUCUUUUGGUGUUUGUUUCUGGAUAUCUAUCCUUAUUUCACCCGUUUGCAAACCACAACGACCUUUUCACUAAGUCGUCGUUAUACUUUCAAUCUUCAUUUUUUAAUCUCAUUUCACUCAUAACCUGAGUCAAUUAUCAAAAUCUUAUCACUAUAAAUCUCAAAAUGUACCAAGUUCAUUCUCAACAGCAACAGCCACUCAACUAUUACCACCAUAACUUGGGAACGGCUGGCCACAGAGCCACCUCUUCCUACAGCUUCUUGCCCCUGUACGCUACACCAAACUCGUACUGCCAGCCGCCCGUCGGCCAGGCUGCUUGCCAUAACCACUCAAGAUCAAUGUACUCUACAUACCAGGCACCUUACUUACAACAGCCCAUUAUGGUUGGCGGCUCUUCAAUGCCACAUAUCGUCAAUCCGGGUCCAGUUUCUUAUGGAAUUCCGACUCCCUCGGCUUCUGUUCAUGCUCCCGCUCCUGUUGCUGGAGCUGUGGAAGAACAGCCUCAAGUAAAUGGCGGUAUUAAUCCUGUUUUGGAGUACGACUUGAACAACAUGUCUACCUUUUUGAGCUGGUGUGCAUUUGGAAUGUUGAAACAACAGCGGAAUCCUACAAAAGAAUUCGAAGGCUUGGUUGUUUCUGUUCUCUUUGCAACAAGAUUACCCAAAUCUACCAUUAUUAUUGCUUUAGAGUAUAUGAACCAGAGAUUCUCAUCCAAGAAGAGUUUAGAACAUUCCAACUUGAACGAACAUGAGAUCUUCAUUUACUUGAUCGUAGCCCUCAUCCUUGCCAACAAGUUCAACGACGACAAUACGUUUACUAACAAGUCAUGGUGUGGCGCCACAGGCUUACAGUUGCUGUUGUUGAACAAGUACGAAAAAACCUGGCUCGAGGAAUGUAAAUGGAGCUUGAACGUAGUCAACUUUGAGUCUAACAUCUUAACUUUGGAAGAAUGUUGGAAGACUUGGUUGGAAAAGUACGGAAAGCCGGAAGCUUUGCACGCAGGUGCUGUUCCUGUUUCCGAACCUUCCCCCGUAGUGGCUUCUCCAUCUUCAACUUAUUAUCCAACGUCUUCACCCAUGUUGUCUCACCAGUACUCGCACAAUUCGUUAUCAAGUAUUCCUUCUUCGCCAGUGUAUCAAAACGAAAGCAAAUACUACUAUCCCUCUUCACCAGUCGUGACGUCUCCUGUGAAGUAUGGCCACGAAUCUGCUAUGAUGUGGUCUGGUAGUCAGCAGCAUCCAUCGUCUACCAACAUCUGGAGCUACGCACAGCCAAAUGUGUAUGCUCCUUCCAACAUUAACAACGAUCCUGCUAUUCAAUACGUGGGCAAUGCCGUUCCUCACCACCAUCCUCUAGCAUUCCAAGCACCUAACAGUGGCGUAUUCUUGUCUCAUCAUCCAAACAGUUUUGUGGGAUACGCCAACCCAUACUUCCUAGCUUCUUGUUAAGCUUCUUGUCAAGACUUUUUAGUUAAGACGAUAAUUGGGCUUGGUUUGCUACGUUAGACUCACAUUGGCCAUUCUGCUCCACAGAUCAUAGACUUAUACACCCAGUUCAAAGUUUUUGUGUCCAACCCAAGUCCAUUUGUUAUCUUUACAAAGCAGCAGUAAAGAGAAAUUAUAAUACAAUGAUUCAUCUGCUGCACAAUCUUUUCGCUCCUCAUAAAACUUAUAAAAUUGCAAAAAAAAGUCAUACUCGUUAUCUUCCUCCUAAUCAUUUUUGUACGAUGUUCUUUUUUUCAGCAUGCUUUCUUUCAAGGAAUAGAGUCCUUAAAGCAAACCUAAGGUCGGUUUAACAAAAUUCCUCAUAUAGACAUAAUUUCGCACGUCUAGUCUCUCAUAUUGUCAAUGUAGUUAAAAUUGAUGUUAUUCUUUUUUACUUUUUUUUUAGAAUACACAUUUGUUUGGUUUAA